AUGUGGGAGAAAAUUCUAUUUUUUAUUGUUCUUAUAUUUCCUUUUUUCCACUCAUGUGAAGGACUUAAAAAAGGUAAUGGAGAUUUUAUAAAAAAGAAUGGCGUAUUUUUCCAAAUAGAUAGGGAUAUGAAUGAGCCUCCUUAUUCAGUUAUUAACGUAUUUUAUACAGAAUCUCUUUUAGACGACAAUUUACUAAAUCAAAUCGAAAAGGAAAGGAAAAUGGGAAAAUAUAAAAUACAAAACUAUUUCAGAAAGAGUUUAGAUAACAACAAAUAUUUCAUGGAAUAUUCAAGAAAACAAAAAGAACAAUUGGAGUUUCUACUUGAAUAA